AUGUUUAGUGUUCGUGCUGUGAUAAUAGAUAGUUAUUUGUCUAAAUCAUUUCCCGAAUUAUAUGAAAAAAAUAAUUUUGAUGGUACAAAGCAUUGGCUUGAACCAGUCAUAAGAAUAUUUGGAUCAACUCCUGAUGGUGUUAAAUCAUGUGUUCAUGUUCAUGGAGUGUAUCCAUACAUUUAUGUACCAUACAUUGGAGGGGAAAAUCCUGAUCGAGAUGCAUUAUUGCUCUAUGCAGCUCUGGAUGAAACGUUAAAAAUUACUUUUAGCCAAUCAAAAACUAAAUUUGUAUAUAAAGUUACUGUAGUAUCUGGAAUUCCGUUUUAUGGGUAUCAUGCUUCACAUCAUCAGUUUUUUAAAAUUUUUUUAUAUAAUCCUUUUUACAUUAAAAAAGCUUCUGAUUUACUGUUGAAAGGUGCAAUAUUAGGGCAAAAAUUACAACCUCACGAAUCUCACAUUCCUUACACUUUGCAAUUUAUGAUGGAUUACAAUAUUUACGGUAUGAGUUUUGUUAAUUUUUCAAAAGUUAAAUACAGAAGAAAUCCAGAAAAACCAGAUUCUCUUGAGGGUAUCGAUCAAACUCUUGUUCUUUCUGAAAAAAUAACAAAAAAUACCUGCAGUUACUUUGAGUUGGAUGUUUUUGCAAGUGAUAUAAUAAAUGCAAAUAAUGAAAGGGGACUUCAAACAAAUCCAGGUCUUAAAGCAAUUUUGGAAAAUGAAAAAAAUCGCAGGAGAGCACAAAAUAAACCCUCACAGUUUACCGUGGAAGAAAGUCUUUCGAGAAAAAACGACGUUGUUUUCCCUACCGAAGCCAUGUAUAGGGAACGUCUGUCAGGAAAAUUAAAGGAAAUCAAAGUGUCGGAGGGUAUCAAUCUAUUGGAAGCAUCUGUUUUAAAAGAUGAACGAAUGGAUGAACCUCCUGAGGAUUUAAAUAAUUUGUUGGAUUUAAGCGUUCUUAUCGAUGAGAAAAUUGUUUCGCAAAUAAUUACGGAUUCGAAAGAAAAAUAUGAUAAAGAGGAGAAUGAGGAGGAUAUAAAUGGGAUUGAAGCUGACAGCGUUUUGGGAAAAAUACAGAUUGAAGGAGAAGAGGAGGAGGAGCCAGAAUAUGAUGAUGGUGGGGAUAUGACGCAGCCGCUGGACCAUCAAGAGGAUGAAAUAUGCGGUUCGAAGUUAAGAGAAGAGAAGGAAAAGUUGGAUACUUGCGAUCGUGAAGAAUUUUGGCAAAAUAUGGCGGACAAAAUUCUUCAAAUUGAUGGCGCACAAGAUUCUUCAUCUGAAUCUGACGUCGAACCGUCUUACAAAACGUCAGCGACAAAUUGUUGUAAUUUAGAAAAAGAAAAUUACACAAAUUCCAUUCAAAAUAAUGAACAAAACAUGAACAAUGAACCUCUGAUUAACAUCAUAUCCACGUUAAGUGAAACCACAUUACCAUCUCAAAUAGAUUCGACAAGUACGAUUGUUCCUCAGUGUUCCGCAUUUUGGUCCAACAUUUCCCCACGGAUAGAUUAUACUACUUGGUUGCCGCAAAACCAAGAGUCUUGGACUUGGGAUAAAAACGAACCUGGAAUUUUGGAAAAUUGUUUUCCGACGAAAAGUUCAACGAUCGGCGUGUGCGAUUUUCCGAUUGCGGUUUUAAAUAAACCCUUCGAGUUGAUAAGUACGAGUGAACCGUUAGAUAAUUUGUUCGUUACGAAUCAUUUGGAAAAUUAUAAUUCGGUAUCAACGAGUCCGUCCAGUAAUUUAGAAUCAAAUUAUUCAGAUUCAUCCGCGACUACUUGUACUCCGUGCGGUGGAAUCAAUAGUUUUUCCGACAUUAACGUCGGAAGCGAAUCGACAAAUGGAAAAAGCAAAUCACUUUCGGAUUUCGAAGACGAACAAAAUAUUUCGAGAAAUGAAAAUGUUAAAAACGGCAACACCGUUUUCGUCUCGGAAAACAAAUUGAAAAUCGAAAAACGAAUCAAAAACGUCAAGCAUAAAAAUACGAGAGCCUGUGAAAAAGUUUUGAAAAAGCUCACGUUUGAAGUCAGUCAAGGCAGGCCGAUAACUUUGACACUCAAAGAAUAUUUAAAAGAUUUCGGGGAUGUCGUAAAUGUCGAUUUGAAAAAUUUUUACGAUCAAGAAAUGGUCGUCAUAGAAUACAAACCUCAUAAUUCGGAAACUAGUCAAAAUAAAUUUUUAAUAAAACCGUUGGAUAAAUUUUUAGAAAGUUGGAACGUGGCGGAAAAGAAAAUUAAUGGCGAAAUAACGGAGGAAAAUGCAUCGUCUGCCCAAUCAAAAACCAACAAGAUAAAUUCGAAAUGCGAAAUGAACAAAUCGAAUAGUGAUAAUGAUGGUGGUGGUGAUAACGAUGAUAGUGAUAAGUGUCACGAAACGUGCGAAACAAAAGCGGAAACGGGAAAAAGUAUUUCCGGUGAAAAAGUUUCAAAAUCCGUUUCCUUUUUACGACAUUCGGAAGUUUCGAAAGGUAAAUUUAAAAAAAAAAACGAUUCCGUUUCUUCUUCGGCAAGAAUAAAAGUCAAAAAAUCCGAAAUUAGGAAAAACGAUUUGAUUUCACCGGAAAUGAAAUCCGACGGACCGGAAAAUUCUUUAAAUUUAAACAACGUGCAACCGAAACGAUGUAAAAAUUCGAAAAAAAAUAAAAUCAACGAGGUUAACAAUAAAAUAUAUGAAAAACAUUUGAAAACCGUUGUUGAAAAUAAAAAAAAAGAGACAAACAAUAAAAAAAUAAACAAAAGGGAAACGGAUUUUUUUCAAAAGAAAUUUUUAAAAAAAAAAUUAGAUUUCGAAAGUUUCAGGUAUGAUAAUUGCGAUUCGGAAUCUAAAAACAAAUUAAUAAGUCAAAUAAAUUCUUGUUUCGAAGAUUAUUUUCAAAACAUCGUCAAAGUUAAUAAUAAUAAUAAUAAUAAUAAUAAUACAUGCGGGAAAAAUAGGAAUAAUAAUAAUAAUAAUAAUAAUAAUAACAUUUUCCGAUGCGAAAGAAUUUCUGAAUCGUCAAGUCGUGAUUCGUCAUCAUCGUCGUCGUCGUCGUCGGAUGAUUUGGAAACGAAUUUUUCUCAAGUGUCAAACAGUUCAGAAGAAGAGGAGGAGGAGGAAGAGGAUUCUUCGAAUCCACCGAAAGAAUCUUUCGAUUAUUCAAAUGCAAAAUCCGUUGAUUUUGUCGCCAAAUUGCUUUCGACGGUAACGAAAAUGUCGAAAACUCAAGAAAUCCCUCCCGUGUCGAUAACUAUAAACAUUGGGAGCGUCGACACUCAUCGUUCGGACUCGUUGCCCGUUAAUUUAAACAAAAAAAAUUCGAACGAAACGCAGAAAAAGGAUCAUCAGAAAAACAACAACAACAACAAAUUGAACAAACAACGGAUUAAAAGAAAGUAUAAAAUACAAAACGUGGAUGGUCCCGCGGAUAGUUCUUCGUCAUCGGAAGAUCCCGAAGAAAAUGCUUUCGUACCAAGUUGUAGUAAGAAAGUCAAAAGGGAAAGUUAUUACAAAGCUCUCAACGUCAUACAGAAAUCCGUUUCGAAGGAAAAGAGAAAAGUUGGACGGAAACGGAAAUGUUCGAAAGAAGAAAAAAAAAUGGAGAAGGAUGAUGACGAAGAAAUUAUUAUAACGGGUCGUAAAGAUUCGUUGGAUGUUUGCAGUCAAAAUAAGUUAAAAAUUGAAAAGGGAAUCGGAGUCGAGCCAUCAUCAUCAUCAUCAUCAUCAUCCUCUUGGAAAAAAAUUUAUAAAAAAUUAAAUUUCGACGUUAAUUCGACGAAAGUGGGGAGCGAUGAUUUAAUGAUAUCGAAUAAGGAAAUUUUAAUGGCGGAAUCAAAAGUGGCAGAAGAACCGGAUAUAAUUUACGAUUCCGAUCACGAAAUGGUAAAAAUUACGUUGAAAAAAAAGAAAAGAAAAUCGGUUAGAAAUAAAUGUCGAAAAAAUGAUGACGUCGAGAAAAUCGAAAAUAAAUUUAACGAUAAAUUAAUCGAUAAUUUUUUCGAAAAUAUUUUCUCGCCGGAAAACAAAGGAAAAUCCGAACCUAAUAAGGAUCUCGAACCUGAUGUAAAUCGGGUGGUUCUGUCGAAGAAUGAUGAAUCUAAGGUUGAGCUUUCCCAACGUGAAAAUUCCAAUGAAUCUGGGAAAAGUGAAAUGGAAUCGCUGUCGGGUCAAACGUACCUUGAAAUGCCACUUUCAGGUUCUCCACUUUUCGGUCCAAACGUUUGUUCUUCUUCUUCGGCCGAAGAGGUUAAAAAUUUAAAAUUGGAAAAAGCACGUGAGGAAUUAUUCACACGUGAUAUAAAUUUACCGUCUACGUCAAAAAAUUUUCAUUUUCCUCAAGAUGAAGGCAUAAAAUUAAAUUUUUCUGAAAGUAGUAAUUCUUCGACUCUAUCGACGGAAAAAAAUUAUUUGUAUCAACAAAAAUUUAUGGACGAAUGGAAUGAAAAUUCAAAGGAAAGUUGUUUCGAAGAAUUUUUACUUCCCGCACAUUCGGAAAAGGUUGAAGAAGAUGGUGAACGAGAUUCAACACGGAUUCCGGUCAUUUCGUUAACACGACCCAAAAUAAUAAUGCCUCAAAGGAAACCGCCGUCUCGGACUCAAAUCAAAUCGUACUUGAUCGCGAAUGAAAAUUUAAAAUUUGUAACGGAAGUACCACACUGGAGUGAUGCGAGGGAUGUGACGAAACCAAUGGAAUACGGUCCUGUCGUGUUAAAAGUCGAAACAAACGCUCUCGCCGGAUUAAAACCACACAAGUCGAGUUUGGACAUUGUGGGAACGGAAGAACGAAGAGGGAAAUAUUUCGGGAAAAAAGAAAAUUAUCGAUCGUUACUUGUUCCCGAUAGAGACAUCGUUAUCACACCUUUGAAAAAACCUCCUUUUUCUUCGGCCAUUUUGAAAAUUUACAACGCGGAGAGCGUGAAGAAGAAAACGAAUAAUAAAAUGGAGAAACCCGAAACGGGUAAGAUAAAAAUUUUAAUGCCUCUGAGUCCGGGACAAGAUUCUCAAUCGGAAGAAGAAUUGGAUGUGACCAUAACUCCAAGCACGAUAAAAGAUUCAUCUCAACCUCUUGCAUCUCUAUCGGGCGAAUCAUCAUCGAGUGCGACCGGAAACGGAAAAAAAUCUCUUUCCGGUGAUUGUUUUGAAACCGUUCCGGGCGACGUGACAAUGAAAGAAAAGGAAAAUUCAAAUCGGUUAGCACCCGGUUACGAUUUGAAAACAUCGAAUAAGGUACGAGUACCACAGCAGGGACUCGACAACAGUUUUCAAAUAAGAGGAAUCACAUUGGAAAAUACAUUUGGAUUCGAUAAUUCCGUGGAAAAUUUACAAGACGUUAAAUUAAAUAAUACGCAUCAAUACCUGACGAUGUUGUUCGUCGAAGUUCACAUUCGAACUCGAAAAAAUUUACGACCCGAUCCUGAUUACGACCCCAUCAGAGCAUUAUUUUACACCGUAUCGUUCGACAGUCCGGGAAAAGAUGACGAAACGGGAGUGAUUGUCGUAAACGACGUGGCAUUAGAAAAAAGUGCCGUGGGUGGUGUUGGUCGCAACACGACGCAUUACGUACCCACAGAAAAAGAUUUAUUGUUAAAAUUGAUCGAAUUGGUUAAAAUUUGGGAUCCGUAUAUAAUAGCCGGAUACGAAAUAGAAAUGAAUUCUUGGGGUUACAUUUUUCAAAGGGGUUUCAUUUGCGAAUUAAAUUUAUUCACGUUAUUAAGCCGAGCAGUCACGGAAAAUAAGGGUUCGUGGAACGCCGCGGAUAAAAUUCAUGAGAACGAAUUUGAAGAUUUACCAAAAUGCAUAAGAGAUUUGAAAAUAUGCGGAAGAAUCGUUUUAGAUAUCUGGAGACUUUUGAGACACGAAGUGACUUUAUCUAGUUACACUUUUGAAAAUGUCAUGUAUCAUUUGUCGCACGAACGUCAUCCUAAUUUAUCAUACGAAAACCUUUCGUACUAUUGGGAACAUCCCUCGGAUAGAUUUCGUCAUUUAACUUAUAAUUAUUACGUCACGAGAGUCGAAGGAAUAAAUAAAAUAUUAAAACAAUUGGAUUUUGUUAAUAGAACGAGUGAAUUUGCAAGACUUUUCGGAAUACAAUUUUACGAAGUUUUAUCACGUGGUUCCCAGUUCAGAGUCGAAUCCAUGAUGUUGAGACUCGCGAAACCUUUAAAUUAUAUUCCAGUGUCGCCGAGCGUGAGUCAAAGAGCUUCCAUGAGAGCUCCAGCGAGUUUACCACUCAUAUUAGAACCCGAAUCAAUUUUUUACACGGAUCCUCUCAUAGUUUUAGAUUUUCAAAGUUUGUAUCCGUCCAUGAUCAUUGCUUACAAUUAUUGUUUUUCAACUUGUUUGGGACGAGUCGAAAAACUUGGAGGAAGAGAACCAUUUGAAUUUGGUUGCACGCAAUUGCAAAUCUCACCGGAAGAAUUGAAAAGGUUGGAAAACGACAUAUCCAUAUCUCCGGCUGGAGUUGCUUUCGUGAAGGGAAGUGUGAGAAAAGGGAUUUUGCCAACGAUGCUCCAGGAAAUUUUAGAAACAAGACUAAUUGUAAAAAAAUCUAUGAAGGAAAAUAAAGACAAUAGAAUAUUGCAAAAAGUUUUGCACGCUCAACAAUUGGGUCUUAAAUUGAUAGCAAAUGUCACUUAUGGAUACACGGCAGCAAAUUUUUCCGGUCGUAUGCCGAGCAUCGAGGUGGGAGACAGCGUGGUGAGCAAAGGACGAGAAACCCUUCACAGAGCCAUUCAAAUGGUUAAAAAUAAUAAAAAAUGGAAUGCGAAAGUCGUGUACGGUGAUACGGACUCCAUAUUUGUAUUAACACCCGGAAGGAGUCGAGAAGAAGCUUUUAAAAUCGGUGCGGAAAUAGCCGAAGCCGUGACACGAGACAAUCCGAAACCGGUUAAAUUAAAAUUGGAAAAAAUAUAUCAACCGAGUAUUUUACAGACUAAGAAAAGAUACGUUGGAUACAUGUACGAGAGUCCCGAUCAGGAAAAACCAAUUUUCGAAGCCAAAGGAAUCGAAACGGUUAGAAGAGACGGUUGUCCGGCUGUUGGAAAAAUUCUUAGAAAAGCACUACAAAUUCUUUUCGAUACUCGUGACGUCAGUCUGGUGAAAAAAUAUACCAUCAGACAAUUUUCGAAAUUGUUUCAAGGACGAACAAACGUUCAGGAUUUGAUUUUUGCCAAAGAAUAUCGAGGAAGGCACGGGUAUCGACCCGGAGCUUGCGUACCUGCUUUACAACUCGCUAAGCAAUGGACUCGUUUGGACAAAAGAGCCGAACCCCGAGUCAAAGAAAGAGUUCCUUACGUCAUAGUUAACGGACCACCGGGAGUCCCGCUGAUAAAAUUAGUUCGCUCUCCCAAAGAAUUGAUAUCCGAUCCCAGUUUACGGUUGAAUGCCGUUUAUUACAUAACCAAAGCCAUAAUACCGCCAUUGCACAGGUGUCUGUCCCUGACGGGAGUCGACGUUGCCACGUGGUAUGCGGAAAUGCCUAAAAAAAAAAUAAUGAAAGAAAUCAAAUCGAACGUUUUCGAAGAUGGCGUAAUCGAAAAUAGGAGGACAAUAUCCCAAUAUUUCCCCGCGAUUGAAUGCAUUCUUUGCAAGGAAAUAACGAACGCACCCGUUUGUCAAAAAUGUCAAAAUGAUUGUCAAAAGACAACCGUUGGAAUAAUAAAAAAAAUCCGUAGUUGGGAAAAAUCAUACGGUGAUAUUGUUAAGGUAUGUCAAUCAUGUUGCAGUAACGUAACCGAAUUUAAUUGUCAAUCAUUGGAUUGUCCCAUUUUAUACCGAAGAAUACAAACAUUCAGAGAUUUAUCAUUGGGAGCUCCGUAUUUAUACGACAUUUUAAAAAAUUUUUAA